AUGUCGGCAGCUGUCUACGCUGUACAUGCGGCCAGAUGGGCGCAGUCGAACCAUCGGGUCACAAUGCAGGAUUUGCAGGAGCUUGGCACUGAGAUGUUCAGAAGGUUAACCUGGGCAACGACACCGAAGUCCCCGAAGCACUUCACCGAUGUGGUGUACAGCAGUAUGCUUAAGGAGUGGGAGCAGGAGCAGGCCAGGCUGCUUUCUCGCUGCUGGCGGGGUCGGCUCAAGGGCCUUCGCCUGGAGUUGACCUCCCGGGCCAAGGCUGCUCAGCAGUGGACUCUUCGUAACCCCAUCACCACUUCGAGCCUGGCCGGGCUCACCUCAACGGUCGCGAGUGACUUCCUCGUGCAGCGCUACUUCGAGAAGCGCGAGUCUACGGAUCUUCGGCGCAGCGCCAUCAUGGGCCUUUUCGGACUCGGUUACAUUGGCUUCCUCCAGCACUUCCUCUACACGGGCUUCUGGCCAAAGUUCCUCAAGGUUUCCCGGCUCACGGGUCCCAAAGCAGUGCUGUUCCAGGUCUUCGGCGAUCAGGGCCUCUACAUGCCCUGCGCGUAUCUGCCCGUCUUCUAUACAGUGAAGGAUCGAAUCUGCAAAAGGCGUGAGCUCUAG